AUGGCGAAUAAAGAGCGAGCCGCUGUUGUCGAGUGCGCGAAGGAGCUGCGCAGACUCGGAGAUCUGCUCGACUGGAAAUACAGGUUGCUGGAGCUCAUAAUAACGCUCCAGAAACAACAGACCGGCGGCAAACGCUGAAACGGACAGCUUUUGGGAAGGAAUAUGCGAAUAUUCAACCAACGUAGACCCAACAUCUCGAGAGGAUUCAUAUCCGAAGACGAGGCGCAUCGUCUUCCAAAAACAACAAAAAAAGUUGAACAGGAAUAUGGCCUUCCAAGAUGAAGACAUGGAUACGAUGGUCCUUCCGUGGAUCAUUUCUGGGCUCUUCUGAGCCAUAUUUAUCUCUGGACGGUUUCUCUGAGGGGUUCUGAAGUGUUUUGUUAGCAGGAAGAGUUUUCAUUCAUGAAGUCGAACGGUGGAGAGCUUUACAAAUGGACUUCUCGUUAUUCUCAAAAGGCUGUAAAAGUAGAGAGGGUGUGAAAUGGAUGCCCUGCUUUGUAGCCUAUGGACUUUAUUUUUUUUAUUUCUGUAACAUAUAUAGGCUUAGCCUAAUAAAUUGCAACCUAUUUCAAUUUCAGAUGUGGAAACUUGACUCCAUUUAGCUAUAAAAAUGACCUGGAGACCCAUGUAAUUUUUUUUUUUUUUUUUUAGGAAAAACUCGAAACAAAACAACUUUGAAUACAUUGUUUGCAGAUGUCACUUGCUUGAUAUUUCAUAAGUAAUGCGGUGAAAUUCAUUUUUAACAGUGACUUAACAUGUCCAAAUUCUGUUUAGGGACCACUCUUUAUUUAUUUGUUUAUUUUUCUGAGGACCUGCAGUUGCAUUUUAGUUGAAUGAUCCCCAAUGUGCAAAUUAUGCAUGUUAAAGAGUUGCCUAUUUUAAAGAAGUAUCAAUUUUUAUAAGCAAUUUAAAUAUAAAGAUAAAUUUUUGGGCACAACUUGUCUAGGUGGUAUAGCCUAUAGGCUAUUUUAUGAUGUGUAAAUCUAUACUUAUGAGCAACACUUUUUAAAUGAUCGCAAUGAAAAUGUUCCUACUGUAUAACUCGAUUUACUGUCAAAGCAAUUGAAAUGUUUAAUACUUUAAUAUUUAUGGUGUUUUCUGAAAUAAGUAAAUAUAAUCAAGACUACAAAAGAAACUGCUUGCAUGUGUGUGAUUGGUUCCUGAAUUUUUUGAUUUAUGAGAAAGUAAAACAGCCAGUCUGACUUAUAAACAAACAACACCUAUAGCAGCUUUUUGAUUCUCAUGGGCUGUUUUUUCUUCUUCUUCAUUGUUUCAUUCAGUAAAUCAAGAACAGUGCGACCAGCGUAGGCUGAUAAACAAACAAGUGACUUUUAGUGAACUGGUUCUGUUCAGUGAGUCAAAAACCUUGAGUGCAAACAAUUCAGUGUUUGUAUUGAUGGUAAAUUUGUUAAAAAAAAAUAUUUUUUAAAUUUAUUAUAAAACUAGUUGCAUGUACAAAAUAUGACAGUAGACCUAAAGAAUGAUUACGAUAGAUUAUUCAAUUUAAAGCAGCUUCAUGAACUGAAUAUUUUAUAAAGCAAAUACACACCUGACAUGCAUUUUUGUUCCUUGUUUUUCCAUUGGUUUGUAGAAGUACAGUUUAAAAAACAGCCAAAUUGUUUGUAGAAAAGGUACCUCGCCAUCUUGAACACACCUGACGCCGUAAUAAUGACUUCUAAUAAUAUGAACUUCACAAGAAGACAAGAACGUAUCAUAAUACUUCACUGAACUGAAUCCAUCAGAGCGAUUUCUUAAUCAACAAUCAACUAAUUUUAAUGAACAGGUGAACUUCUUGUUCAAUCUUUUCUGAACUGCUCAUACAUGAUAUGUUCGGAGGAAAAACUGCACAAUUUUACUUUUAGCAUAUGCAGUUUGGAGGUUAUGAUCAACUUACUCAGGUAUGCAUUACU